AUGUUCAAAUAUACCAAAAUUUUGCACUGUUCCCAAGAAAAACAUAAAUUUGGCGUUGGAAACUAUGAAGUUAUGAAAAUCAACAAUUCUAUUAAUUGUCUGAAGGAGAAAAUAGCUUGCACUAAAAUCAGAUCUAGAAGAAAUCACAAAAUUAUUGAUGACUUGCAAGAACGAUUGAUCUGUUUACGUAAUGAAUUUCACGACACGAAAUGUUUGAUCCGAAGUGGACGGCAGGUUAACACCUCAUCCGUCUCUGUUAAUACGGACUGCAUCAUCGAUGUGCAAAAUGAACUGAGGAAUACGGAAAACAAGAUACAGUUACUGCAAGGCAUAUUAUGUAUGUUUUCUAAAGUUGCAGAGCGAGGAUCAAAUAUCUGA